GGCGGAGACACUUUGCGGGAGCCCGUUGUAUAUGGCACCCGAGAUCCUGCGCUCGGAGAAGUACGAUGCGAAAGCCGACCUGUGGUCUGUUGGGGCUGUCUUGUACGAGAUGGCCGUAGGCCGCCCGCCCUUCCGCGCGCAGAAUCAUAUCGAGCUGCUGAACAAGAUUGAGAAGGGCCGCGGCGUGCGGUUCGCGGAUGAGGAGAACGGGGCGACGCCCUCCCCGAACCCACCUGUCCCGCCCGACAUCAAGAAGCUGAUUCGCGCGCUAUUGAAGCGUGUACCAGCGGAGCGCGCCAGCUUCGACGAUUUCUUUGGCAGCACAGCGAUGCAGAAGAGCAAGUUUCCACGACCGGACGCGUUGGGGGAGAAGGAGCAGAAACGGAGCAUGGGUGCGGUGGUUGUUGGAGGUAUCAGCCAAUCGAGCUGGAGUCACGAUCGUUAUAAAGCCGUCCCCUCCGAGGGCCUUGACCCAGAUGCGAUGGUACCGCCGAGCAAGUUCAACUUCAGGCGGGCAUCUUCUGGCGCCGUGGGCGAGACGAGAAACGACGCGGAUGCAAGACGCAACGUUGCCAAUGGCGAUCAAGCUGUGCAAGGCGAUAUCUCGCCGGCGCCGACGCCAGUCUCGCGACAAACAUUCGGCACCGUACGGCAGCCAUCGGGCAUCUCGCGCACCGCACCUGGUGCGCCUGCUCACCAACCUCCAACUUCCUCGCGAACUUCGCCACCCUCUCCACGGCAUCCAUCGGAGGUUGAGGUUUCCGUGAUACCGGGCGAGACGGAGGAGGACGGGCUCUUGCGGCGCGAGUACGUCCUGGUAGGCGAUACCAGGGCGCUCGAGUUCAAUCGAGCGGUGGAUGAGCUCAAGACCGGCGGGCGGCGACCGCUGCAAGAGCGACGGUCGACACGACACAUAUCGUCUUAUGACACGCCAUUGACCGUUCAAGAUGAUGAGCGCGCGCUAGCACCGAAAGACUCGGCUCCCAUUCCAGACGACGGGCCAUCGCCAGAGUUCAUGACGGAGAGACCGCCCGCAGGAAUCACAACCUUUCCGCCUGCACCCAGCGCUGGUAUUCCACCGCCAACUCCCCAGCUUUCCAGCUCGCCAUCACGCGUGGCAGCCAACGCACUCAAUCGUGCGCUCAGUAUUGCGAGCAAGAAGCUCUUUGGCACUCUGCCACGCUCGUCACCCAUCGCACACAGCCCGUUAGCAGACGGCGUACUCCCAUCACCGCAAGCGGGCACCCCAUCCUCGACAACAACAGGCGCUGACUCGCCGCGCCGGCCCCAGCUCAUUGGUGGCGCGGACGAGGAGCGCGAUCCACUCGAGGAUGCGCUACUCGGGCGAUUGGAGGAACUAGCGCAGAAGACUGACGUGUUGACGCGGUGGGCGGAUGAGAUGUACGAAUAUGUGAAGGCGGUGCCGCAGAAGCCUCUACCCAAUCCAACGAAGUUCGAAAAGCGUGCUGGCGAAGCGGAGCGGCAGGCUUGGAAGCGGCAGCGCGCGGAUGCCGAGGCGGAAUAUAACGCCGUCACCUGCGUCGCAGUCUACAUGCUCCUCAUGAGUUUCUCGCAGAAGGGCGUCGACGAGCUGCGGCGACAUCAGGAGCACAUGCUCAUGCGACACCCGGACGGUGACUACGUCGUCAGCGAGGGUUUUGACGAUGCACUUGCUUGGUUCCGUGAUCACUUCCUCAAGUGUCACGAGCGAGCAACGCUUGUCAAGAGCUGGCUGCCGGCGAGGUACGAUGGGCCAAAGACGUGGCUUGACCAGCUUGUCUACGACCGGGCGUUGUAUCUGAGCCGUACCGCUGCCCGCAAAGAACUUCUCGACCAAGCGACAACUCCCGACGAAUGCGAGAAGCUCUACGAAGAAUGCCUUUGGUGUUUGUACGCGCUGCAGGACGACCUGCUCCAGUCCGGGAACCCCUUCAUGGACGAGGAUCGAGAGACGAUUGCAACCUGGAUCAAGCGCACGAAGCUCCGGCUUUUACGAUGCCGCGCGCGCAUGGCGAUGGAUCAUCACGAGCGCCUCAUAGAUGCGCGGGCCGACGAGACUCUAGCGGACGUGGCUCGUAUACCGGCACCAUGGGACGCCAAGACGACCUGACGACCGUUCUCGGAUCAGACCCGCGCGAAGGGAAGCGGCGAUGGAUUUCGCUGACAUGUAACAUAUUUAUGGUGGACUUUCUUAAUCAUCUUCCUGACUUCGUGGGACUCACUUACAUGUAGCAAUAUUUGUACAACGCAUUAGGAAUCGUGCAGCUUAUAUAGACAUCUGAAAUCAUAACUCUCAUUCGCA